UGUAAGAAUAAUGCCUCCAACAACAUUAACUAGUUCGCUCCAUCCGAGCAAUCGCGAUGCAAUAUCCUGGAAUGAAAAAGGCUUGAUAGCCUUUGGCUGUCAUUCAACCUUGGUGCUUUUUGACACUUGUAAACUUGAAGUCUUUCAAACGCUAGAACAACAUACUACAGCAAUUAAUUUGGUUUGUUGGAAACCUCCUAUUGACCUUCUCUUUCGAAUAAAAUCAAAAGACAACAACGACAAUAUUCGUUAUUGUAGUGAUAUUAAUGUUGGCUGUGCUUCUUCAGAUAUUAGUGGCAAUAUUUUUAUUUGGGAUAUUCAAAUGGGAAUUGUUGUUGCCUCUUUACGUUAUUUGACUACAAAUGUUAAUGGUUUUAUUUUUUAA